GCGCUGACUACGACGAUUCGUCCACAUAGUAGUUGUAAAAAUGGGCAAGAAGAGGAAGAGCAAAGUGAUCAUCCGGCCAUGGUGCUGGUACUGUGAACGAGAAUUCGAAGAUGAGAAAGUACUCAUGCAGCAUCAAAAAGCGAAGCAUUUCAAAUGCAAAAUGUGUCCCCGUCGUCUCAAUACAGCAGGAGGUCUCGCUGUUCACAUUCAACAAGUGCAUAAACUUGAACCUGAAAACCUUCCGCAUAUCGAGAAUGCACUUCCCGGCCGUGACGGAUACGAAGUUGAGAUUUUCGGAAUGGAAGGUAUCCCAGCACCAGACGUCGCAGACUACAAACGUCGGAAGGAGAUAGAGCUCGGUCUUAACCCUGGGACUAUAACGCAACCUCAGGCUAAGCGCCCAAAGAUUGAGAACCGCGUGUACACACAGGAGGAGCUUCGAAUUCAGUUGGAAGCACACAAGGCACUCAUGGGUGCGGUGGAUAAUCCACCGCCUGUUGCACCAGAUUCAUCAUCGGGUCCCGUGGUUAAUGCGGCUCCUCAAACGUAUGCUGCUCCUCCUUCGCAAAUAUCGCCUCCACCAGGCAGUGCACCGCCGGGUAUGCCACCUGUUUUGCCGGGCGGAGUGCCGCCCCCAAUGCCCGGUCAACCAGCCUUCCCGCCUUUCCCUGGUGCAGCUGGCUUCCCUCCUGGGCCCCCUCCGCCUGGGUUUCAGAUGCCUCCGGGUUUCCCCCCUCCUGGGAUGGUACCGCCUGGCGGUCUACCAUUCCCUCCUGGCAUGCCUCCUCCAGGAAUGCCUGGAGCACCACCUUUCGCUACUGGAGCUGCGCCUCCACCUGUAGGUCAAACGCCGCCCGCGUUCUCUCCACCUCCAGGUGCUGCAGCGCCGGUGACACCCACGAAACUUCCAGGAGGUCCGCCUCAACCACCUCCCGCUCCCAGAUUCACAACUCCACCAUUUUCCUCGAGACAAUUACCGGACUUAUCUGCAACUCCGCAGAAACCUUCUAUUCCUAAUCCGGCUUUGAAGCAGGAAAAUCCAGAGCUGAAGAAAGGGCAGAUCUUAAAAUAUACUGAUGCAAAUUACUCUCCUGAAGAGAAUCGCGCCUACGAUCCGAAGUACUUCUUUUCACCGCAGCAAGCUUCGACGAGUCAGGACGAGACACGGGGAAAGAAGCGCGCCCGCGCCGAGGACUUCCUUUAACUGUAUACCUACGGGAUUGCAUCUUUUUACCGAUUGCACCCUUGCAACUACGAUCUGAUUUUCCCGUGGGCAGGGUACCGCUUUGUCCAUCUCUCUUUCGAGUUCUUGGCGAUUCAUUUCCGAUCCUGUACCGUGUGCUCCUCUUUAUUCUCUUUAACUUCUGGCCCUGACGCGGGAAACUGUAUUUGUUCCUCCCGGUGCACCAUUCGUUCGUUGCGCUUUCAAGUUUUUCCUGUGCCGCUAGUGCUUAGAUGAUGUAAGGGUGGUAGGGUCCACAAUACAAGUUUGAUCCGCGUUACCACUGUAUAGCUAUAAAUGUCUGGUUCCGCUUUUGCAAGCUCGGAAGCCUAGUGCAAAUUGAAUAGCACACGGUGCUAACAUAGGCCGGUGACUUCAUCGUGAC